GAAGAAGGAAAAGUUAUCAGUGAGUAUAUUGCGGGAUGGUAUAUUUCACGAAAUAAGUAUACAAUUAUUAUACAUAGUAAGUGCCUCGCAGGGGAAUUAAAUUGUACUCAUUAUUGGAAAUUGGCAAAUUACAUUUAAGGACUGAAUAAAAUUGCGGUACUAAAUACAGGUCAGCAAAUAAAAUAGACGUAUCCAGGAGGUAUAAAAAAAGAAUUACUUGAAUUCAGAUAUAUAAAUCGUCCGAAUUUCAUUUGUGAAUUAUCGACUAUAAGCUAUGAGUGAAAAUUCGGAUAUCGCAAACUGGUUCGCCGGAAAGUCUGUGUUUAUCACAGGAGCAACAGGCUUCUUGGGAAAAGUUCUUAUAGAGAAGCUUCUACGUUCCUGUCCAGAUGUCGGGCCGAUUUACGUCUUGGUACGUAGGAAGAAAGGCUGCGAAUCCCAUGACAGAAUCAAAGAAAUCAUAGAGUCCAAAAUCUUCGACAACGUCAAGAAGACUCAGGGUGACCUUACCACCAGGAUCCAUGCUAUUCCUGGAGACUUGAGUGAACCAUAUUUGGGCAUUUGCCCGAAGGACAGAGAAAUACUUGAAAAAACAGUAUCCGUCGUAUUUCACUCGGCUGCCACUGUAAGAUUUACGGAGUGUCUUAGGUUAGCAAUAACGGUGAAUGUCGCUGCGACAAAAACUCUUAUGGAACUAUGUUGUGGAAUGGAAAAACUCGAGUCUGCUAUCCACGUGUCUACCGCUUAUGCGAAUUGCACUCAUGAAAUAAUUGAGGAACGGAUUUACGAACCUCCUGUUGACGCUCAAAAAAGUCUUCAGUGGGUGGAUGAUUUUGACGAUGAUAUUUUGGACUUCGUUACACCGCGAAUAUUAAAAAACCAUCCAAAUACGUAUACCUUCACAAAAGCAUUGGGAGAACAGGUUGUUAAUGAAUAUGCAAAAAAAUUACCUAUAGCCAUUGUACGUCCAUCGAUUGUAACAGCAUCUUGGAAAGAACCUGAACCCGGAUGGAUAGAUAGUCCGAAUGGACCAGCAGGUCUAAUUAUAUUUGCUAAAUAUGGCUUUGUCCAGAGUCUACCUCUUAGUAGAAAUACAAUUGCUGAUUUAAUUCCAAUAGACAUCUGUGUUAACCUCAUUAUUGCUGCUGCUUGGCGGACCGGAAAAGACCGAAAUUAUAAAACGGAAAUACCGAUUUAUAACAAUGUAUCAGGUCCAUUUAAUCCAAUCAGAUGGCGCCAGUUCAUAGAAGAAAUUAAUGCUUGUAACUACAGAUACGGACUUAUUGGUGGCAUUUUCAAUACAAAGGUCAGCCUGUCUUCGAACCGAUUGACACAUUUCUUAAGAUGGAAUAUUUUGCAAUUUACGUUAGUCAAUAUAUUGGAUUUAGUUGCUUGGAGCAUAUGGAAAAACCCAAUAUUUCGGAGUGCGCAUAGAAAGAUCGGUAAAUACAUGGAGAAUGUUGUAUAUUUUUCUGAAAAUGAAUGGGACUUCCAGAAAAGCAAUGUGGAUGAUUUAUACCAGAGGUUAUCACCAACCGAUCAAAGAAUAUUUGAUUUUAAUGUAAGGAAUAUAAAUUGGAAAGAAUAUAUAAGUCAAUAUGUAUUGGGAAUCAAGAAGCAUGUAAUGAAGGAGAAUGAAGAGUCUACACCUGCUAUACGAAGAAAAAAUAGAAUAAUCAAAAUGAUAUCCCGCGUUGUUAAGUACAGCGUUCUUAUAAGCAGUGGAUAUUUUGCUUUCAAUUAUUAUAAACUUAGCAUGCCUUCUUUCUAGUCUGCCUUUCAUUAAAAUGGUUUUAUUUAAGUUUCUGACAGAUAACUAAUUAUUUGACUUUAAUAAGAAGCUGUAAAAACUUUUUUUUAAAACAAGAAGACCUGCUUAUGUUAUUUUCUUAUAUUUCUAAAGAAUUUCGGUUAUAAAUAAAAAUUCUAUAUCAUAAUUCGUAGAAGAUUUCAAUAUAGCUAGUAUACCAGCGUAAAGUAAUUUGAAUAUCAUAACAAAAUUCUUGUUUUAUGAUUUAACCAGCAUAUUAAGGAUCGGCAGAAAUAAAAUAUGCUCGAAAAACAAUGUUUAUUUAUGUAGAAAUACGAAUCAAAAUGUCAAAGGGUGAACGAAAAUCGAAUGAAGAAUUAUUAGUAGAGAGAAACUAUUAAUAACUGAAAUCGUAGAUACGACCUUGCAUUGUCCGUGGACUUCGACGACUGCCCCCUUUUCCCCCUCUGCCCCACAGUACCAGCGCCGGGGCGUCAGAGCUGCGAACGAUCCCAGGGGCCCAGUCCCACGUUUGUUUAUUACAUAUAGUUUUUAUUGAAACUAUUCAAACUUUACUGACUCAUGUGUAAGAAAUAAUUGUAGAAGAUUUGAGUAAACGUUUAUAACUCAAAUACCUGUCCGAUCUUAUAUUGUUGGUAUAUUUAAUAUUUCGGAGAAAGCAAUUUAGUUACAAUAAAAAUGUAUGAAUAAUUUAAUAAAAAAAAAAAAAAAGCGUGACAUGGGGUACUAAAAGUCAUAAAUUCUGUUAUAGUCAAUUUUUCAUAUAGCUAAAAAAAACUGUUGCCUAAGUAAAAGAUUAUAACACCUCGUAAAAUAUAUUUCGUUAAUUCAGUAAA